AUGUCAAGCAAUAUGAAGGCUGAUGAAUUUGAUGAGGAAACUGUCACCCCUCUCAACUCAAAUCAAGAGGGAUAUAAAUGGGGUCAACCUCUAUACAGUGGUGAAACCACAAGCUGUUUCACUCAUGGUGUUUUAUACCGCAUUAUUGAAAAAAACAACAAAAAUCGUUGGUCAUUUUAUAAUGAUACCCUCGAUGCCAAAAUAUGCGUUCAAUUCACAUUUGGUCCGAAUUCAUCCAUUGUUGCCCUUGAUAACACAACGUUCGAAACACUCGGUGAUGGAUCUUUCCGCGCCACCGUUAAUGUUUAUCCGAUGGAAACUGAGCUAUUUAUAGAAGGUACCGUAAAUGGGUAUAGUAGCAACAUCCAUCUGCAGCCCCUUACCGAGGAGUACCUCUCUGACGUAGCGCGCCAAAAUGAAGUGGUGAUCAAACAAGAAAGUGCAGAUUUGUUUAAAAUUACAGGCAGAAAUGCUCCGAUUGAGAAGCUGAUCGAUGCCUGCAUUCAAAAUAAUCUCAAAUUCGUUGAUUUGUUCUUCCCACCGGAACAAACGUCGCUGCAAGUGGGCUCGCAGACCAAGAUGAGACUCAUGCCGUGGGAGCGUCCGAGAAUGUAUCUCUCCGACGCCAACACAUCGCAAUGUCGUCUUUUUCGGAACGGAGUUCAUCCAAAGAACAUCGAUGAGGGGGAUUUGGGGGAUUCCUGGGUGAUCGGGGCCAUCGCUGCACUCGCCGAGUUCCCGGACAAAAUUCGCGAUAUCUUCCGCCAUCCUCAAAGCCUCGAGCGAGGGAAGCGAGAGCGAAGCUUGGGGAUCUACCGCGCUACUUUAAACAAAGACGGGUGGUGGGUCAACGUGGUGAUGGAUGAUUAUUUACCGGUGGUUGGCGGCCGGCCCGCGUUCGCGCGUUCUAAAGGAGAUCCAGCGGAGAUCUGGGUUUCGAUUCUUCAAAAAGCUUAUGCCAAGCUUUAUGGUGGCUAUGGAUUUCUCACGUCUGGUGACCCCCUUCAUGCUCUUCAGGACAUCACUGGCUUUCCAUGUACCCCCUUUGACAGCGUAUUCAUCAAUGGCAACCAAUUCGACUCGGCAAACCUUUUUGAUUACCUUGCGCAGCAUUGCACAAAUAAUUACUUGAUAAUCUUUACUACACCCACUCAUAGAACUAUUAUGAACUCUCGUGUGGGCAUGCAGUGCGCCAAAAUCCAGCAAGCCGAGAGUAUAUACAUCAGCGCUAAUUUGCUUCUUGGGCGUUGCUAUGCGGUAUAUAAAAUGGCCUACUUCCCGGAUAUCCAAUUGCGUAUGGUGCAAUUUCGCAACGUAUGGGCUAAAUCUCCGCCGGAGCAUCACAUACCGUGGGACAAAAACGAUGAGAACUGGACCAAAUAUCCCAAAGUUGCGGAAUACUUUAAUAUAAGCCAUCAAGACGACAACAUGUUCUGCAUGGAGUGGUCUGACGUUCAGAAGUAUUUCAUUGGCUGUGGGGUUUGCUUUCUUCAGAGUCCCAUGUAUGAUUACCGCAUUCGGGGUUGCUUCGUUCAGAAUGUCCCGACGUGCUGCCUGCUCGUCAGCGUCCAAAGGCCCACGGUGAUGAGCAUUAUUCUCACACAGGAUGACAAGCAGGGGACGAAUAAGGUGGAACACUCUCCCAUUAUGAUAAGCAUUGCUCACGGAAAUAGGGAUGCGUCGGUUAUGAAUAUUGAUCUCAACAGUUCCUUCGACACAGAUCACCCGGUACGCGAAUUCACUUUUGUAAAGAGCUACAGUGUAAGCAUGUUUUAUGAAUUCAUACCAGAGCGAUCCCCAUACUUAGUCAUCCCCCGUGCAAUUUCGACAUAUGCGCAGCUUCCGUACGUUAUUGGUCUCAUAAGUCCAUAUGAAAUCGGAGGCAGAUCCUCCUAUGUAAAUGUUUCCUUACGUGCGCUCGCCCCGGAUAACCGUGUGUUUGAUAAUUAUCAAAGGUUCCUUUGCGAAACGUUACCGGCAGAAUCAGAGUUUCAGGUCAAAAAUAUUGAUCAGUUCUUUCCUGACAUUUAUGUUGGUACGUCUAUUAUGACUUCCAAUUGA